UCUCGUAGCAACGUCGACGGUAGGUGCCCAGCCAGAGGCAGAGCUUCAACUUCAGUCUGUUUUGUGACUCGUGAGUGUAUUGUGUUCGUCCUGGUCGUGUUCAGUUUAUUCGGUUAUCCUUUUUUUCGUCGCGAGUUUGUAGUUUGAUCCGUCGAAGGAAAGUGCGCCCGGGAGGAAAGUCGCGAACGUGCAUCGGACGGUUACGCGGGACGCGAAACGCGAGACGCGGUACUCAAACGGAAAAUUUGUGAACAUGAAGUGAGAGAAUCGAAUCUCCUUCAGGGAUGAAAUCCUGACGAGAGAACAAAGUUUACCAUCACGAUGGAUCCACCAGUUACGAGCAAGGUUCUUCGGGCUCCCAGCCUGAAGAGGGGACAGGAGAACGUCAGGAUACAGGACAGGAUCAAGCUGGAACGUGUGCUUGGCGUGACCGUGUCGAGCAAUGCAGCCCUGGACUGCGACGCAACUAGCGAGCUGGUCGCCUAUCCUGCCGGCUGCACCGUGGUAUUGUUCAACCCGCGGAAGAACACUCAGGCCCACGUGUUGAACGCCUGUCGCAAAACGGUGACCUCUCUGGCACUUGCCGGCGACGGUAGACUGCUAGCGACCGGCGAAUGCGGUCACAUGCCGAACGUCCGUGUCUGGGACAUCUCCGAUCCGUACAAUGCUGUGCAGAUCGCUGAAUUUUCCGGCCACAAGUAUGGCAUCAACUGCGUGGCAUUUUCACCGAGCAACAAAUACGUGGUGUCCGUGGGCUCUCAACACGAUAUGAUCGUCAACGUCUGGGACUGGAGGAACAAUGUUAAGGUGGCGUCGAACAAAGUCUCGAGCAAAGUGAAGGCCGUCUGCUUCGCGGAAAACGGCAAUUACUUUGUUACCGUGGGCAACAGGCACGUGAAGUUUUGGUAUCUCGAGUACUCGCGCAGCGCCAAGUAUAAGGAACCUGUGCCUUUGAUGGGUCGGUCUGCCAUAUUAGGAGAGCAAAGAAACAACGAUUUCGUGGACGUGGCGUGCGGUCGCGGGGAAAUGGCGGAUUCCACGUACGCGAUCACCAAAACGGGCCUCCUAUGCGAAUUUAAUAACAGGAGGCUUCUGGACAAAUGGGUGGAGCUUCGCACGACUAGCGCUAAUUGCAUGGCCGUGGGGGACAAGUACAUCUUCAUCGGUUGCGCGGAAGGGAUUGUCAGAUGCUUCAGUCCCAGCACCCUUCAGUUCAUCACCACGUUACCCAGGACCCAUUACCUAGGCGUGGACGUUGCUCAGGGAUUGUCCAUUAGUCACAUGUCUCAGCAUCCGGCGAACGCGAGGUACCCGGACGCGAUCGCGCUGGCGUUCGACGAGCGAAACAACAAGCUGACCUGCGUGUACAACGACCACAGCAUCUACGUGUGGGAUGUACGGGACAUCAGGCGGGUGGGGAAGUCUCAUUCGUUCCUCUAUCACUCGGCGUGCAUCUGGGGCGUGGAGAUGUACCCGACUGGGACGGAUUCGAUCGGCGGUAUGCCCGGUGGUAGCUUCGUCACUUGUUCCAGCGACGACACCAUCCGCGUGUGGAACCUGGAGAAGGACGUGUCGACGUCGGACACGAUCUACAAACGCAACAUCUACAGCAACGAGCUGCUCAAGGUUCUGUACGUGGACACCGAGCUGACCUAUCUGAAGGACCUGGACCUGGCCGCUGCCGGGUCCACGGAGAAGAGCGACGCCUCGUACGACGGACGUAACGGGGUCAGGUCGAUCAGGGUCAGCCCUGACGGGAAGCAUCUCGCGUCCGGUGAUCGAUCCGGCAACAUUCGGAUCCACGAUCUAUCCACCCUGGAGGAGCUGUGCUUGAUCGAGGCGCACGAUGCGGAGGUGCUGUGCCUCGAGUAUUCUAAAUUCACCAGACACUCUCCGGACGCACCGCGACUACUGGCCAGCGCCUCCAGGGAUCGACUGAUCCACGUGUUCAGCGUCGACCAGGGCUACAAUUUCCUGCAGACCCUCGACGAUCACAGUUCUUCCAUUACCGCGGUCAGGUUCUUCAAUCAGAGCAACCAGGCUAAUCAGAUACAGAUGGUGUCCUGCGGUGCCGAUAAGAGUAUUAUUUUUAGACAACUGCAAUCGACACCGGGAGGAAUGCCGCAGUUCGCCAGAGGUCACAACGCUCAGGGCAAAACUACCUUGUACGAUAUGGAGGUCGACUCCGGGCAAAAGCACGUCCUUACAGCCUGCCAAGAUAGAAACAUAAGAGUUUACAACGUCGCCACUGGCAAACAUAGUAAAACGUUCAAAGGUUCCGUCGGCGAAGACGGAUCCCUCAUCAAGGUCGUCCUAGAUGCAUCGGGAAUUUACGUAGCUACCUCGUGUACAGAUAAGACGUUGUGCGUGUACGAUUACUAUAGCGGCGAGUGUAUGGCCACUAUGCUCGGCCACUCGGAAUUGGUGACGGGGCUGCGUUUCAGCCCCGACUGCCGCAACCUCGUAUCCGCCAGCGGAGAUGGUUGCAUAUUUGUGUGGCGUGUUCCACGCGACAUGGUCGUCACUAUGCAAGCCAGACUAGCUCAACAAGCUAUGCGAGCUGGAAAGAGGCCACCUCAAGUGAAUGGCACAGGAAUUGACGUACAAUUAGACAACGAAAACUUCGGAUCUCCGCCGCCAGAGUUCCUCGAUCCAAACGCGAAUCCUGCCCCCGUGAACGCGAGCGUGGAUUACAGGUUCAGCGUGGGUCAGUUGCCGUUGUGGGCGAAGAAGCAGAUAAACACCGCGAUCGCCGACGAAACCACGGUCCUUGGGACGAACGCCAGACCCCUGGGCGUCGACCUGCCGAAGGGCAGAUGGGCGCAGAGGGUCCAGCAAGGGGACGGUAUAACAGUCAAGUCCGUUUACGACAGCGACGAGAUCAUACCGUUUCCUCCACCUCGUGGUACGAUCGAUUCCGAUGGCGGCGGCGGUGGCGGUGGAUCCAAGGACAGCUCGAUCGAUAGCGGGACCGAAACCAAGUGCAGCAGCGAUUAUAGGAGGGAAACGAUCACUAUUAAAACGACGGAAGGGGACGAGACUGUGUUCCAACCUUGUCCAGACAGUUACAGAGAACUAGCAGACGAUACGAAACAGGUGAUCGGUGGUAACGUGACCCUAUCUAGAGGUAACAAUAUCACGGAAUUGACACGUCUGUCGAGGAGCCGUCAUCAUACCGACGAUAGCAGUCUUGGCAGCUUUAAAUUUGAGGAUCACGAGAGCACGGAACACGACGGCGACGUCGAGGAUUAUUCCGAAGGGGAGAACGGUACCACCGGGUCCGAGAAGUCCCAUCACAGGCUAAUGUACUACCCAGCGCCGGAAGACACUGUGUCGAAUCAAUUCACCGUGAACGCUAUGGACGUGGAGGAGCUUCGAAGGUCUCAGAGGCGGCAAAAGAAGCCCAGAAACGGGGAGAGCGGUCGUACGAGCGAGUUGACCGCGUCCGGAAGCCAGGACGAUUCCGAUUCGGAAGGCGGAGCGUCGACGCCCAGCGCCGAGCGGAAUCCUCUGUCCAUAUUGUCGGAGGCCAGUUCGGAAGGGUUCGAUCAGCUGGUGAAACAGAGCCAUCGUGAGAAAUAUCUAAAGAACGCUUUUGAAUCUCUCAGCGGGGCCGAAGAGCCUACCAACAGAUGUCCAAAAACUACCAGCAUCAGUUCACAGUUUCACGGGAGACUUAGUGGAGGGGCUGAUAGCACAAGCAAUAACAAGGUUCGUAACGCGGCGGUGGUGAACGCGACCAAGCAGGCAAGGGGUGACGCGGACGUCGCGAAGAAACGCGAGGAAUUGCAGCGGAGAAUAGAGGAAACUAGGAGAAAGUUGCAAAGCGUUGGCUACAAGUCGUCGUUGAAAACCAGCCAGAGCAUAUCCGAUCUGAGCAGCCACAUACCGGAGAAGCACCAUCGUUCGAACAGGCUGAGCACAGGUAACAACAACAAAUUCGGUCAACAGACACAGUACUCGAAACCGAUUAAUCCUUGCAAACCUAUACCGAAUCCAAAGCCCCCGUUAAAACCUCAACAACUCGUUAACAAAGCACCGGGUGUGGGGAAUGCGCUACCUAAGCUAGACACUCCGACCGAGAACCGCUUGUCGAAAAGCCAGACCACGUCGUGCAUUAGCGACAAGGCGAGACCAACGUCUCUUAGUCGCCCGUUAACAUUGACGUUAAAAAAAACUGAAAAGUAUAAGUUGUCGCUGAACAAACCGAAUCAAUCGUUGCCCGAGUCGCCCGUGUGCGAGGAGCUGAAGCUUCUGAAGGAACAGUGCAAGAAGAACGUGAGUCGGUUCGCCAGGUUCGCGCAGAAGAGGAGAUCCUGCAGCUACUUUAUCGGAUUGAACGACAACGAGGAGGAGAUGGAGAACAUAGCGAAGUCUUUCGAGAGUCUUCCCGCCAUGAACGAGCGCAACAUCGAGAGCUUCAACGACGCGAUGGACGACGGGGACGACGGUAAUGGUAACUUCAGCGACGACUCGCUGGAAGGUGACUUCAAGAAUCCCCCGCGACGAUGCGUCAGCGACUAUCAGAUAAACGUACACGUGGACGAUCAGCAGGAUGGUCGCAGACCAUACACGAAUUACCAAACGUUCCCUAAACGGAUCCUGACCGGCUCACAGGAGAGCAUCUUGUCGGACGCUUCGGUGGAGUCGUUCUCGAAAGGAAGCGCGGAGAUUCUGGAUUACAGCCACUACGACAACGACCGCCACUCGAGCGCGAGCUUCUUCUUGUCCCGUAGGAAGAUGCAGGCUGGUAGAAGCCAGGAGAGCAUCCUGACUGACGAGUCGGAUUACCAGAUGUUCCCGCUGAACGAGAACAUGGACCACCGGAGCACGGAGAGCGUCUUGACCGACGACUCAGACUCCCUGGUGAAAUCCGCGCCCCUGGAGAUGCUGUUCGACUCCCACUACAAACGGAAGAGACAGAACUCGGAAACUUACAGCGGCAAUCCGAACAACGUGACCGAACCGUCGAACGAGACUCAGGAUUCCGUGAACGAUGCAACCGCUUGUCGCGCGGUCUUCAGGUCCAAGUCCCUUCAAGACACGAGGAUAAGCAAGGCGACCAACGAGAACAGCUACCAGGACGACGCGGUGCAGCCAGCCACCUGCAUCUACUACGAGUUUAACUUCAACGAGCAGAACGACGCGAACGUGGAGAUGAGGAUCGGCGCCAAAGCGGAUGCGAUAUCGUCCCGUAGUAACAGUUUGAAAGCGUCCAAGGAGCCCCAGUCGAUGCUGAUACUGAACGAUUUCGUGGCCCACAAGCCACCGAAACCGAAACGUAACUCUGCCCGCACGCAGAGCAUGCGGAACAGGGCGCGUCCCGCCUGGAACAAGUACAACGUGGACUCGUCCUCGUCGCAGUCUCUUCGUCUGAAGUCUCCGGAGCUAGAGGAUUAUGCAAAUAAGUCACGCGUGGAACAGAGACCCGAGAGGAGCGAUCCAGGUGAUGCAAAGUCCGACGGCUCGAAGAGAAUGGAGCAGCUGUUGCAGUCGUCCAACUUCUCGUUGCAGCCUAAUGAGGACGCGAGCUCUAAAACGAAAUUCUACAGUUUGCAGAACCGUCGAUCGGACAAGACUAUCGAGAGCUACGACGCCACCGAGGAUCAGAGGAACGCUGCCUCCCACGUGUGUUGUUUCGAGAAUCAGAUCCCGACCAAGGACACGCAAGAGACCUACGAUUCGUUGGAGGCUGGCUGCGCGAACCGCGAGCCUCAGGAGUCGACAGUUUCCAAUUCGCGAUCGAUGAACGAACGCAUGGACAACCUGGACGUGGAUCUGAGGAUCACCAGAGCCAUCGAGGGUACAGUCAAGCUGCUCUCCAAGGAGUUCGAGAACCUGGUCAGACGCGAACAGUACUUCAUGAAGGAGAAGUGUCUACGGUUGACCCACUGCCAAGAGGCGAACGAGAAUUUCGCGAAGCUGGAGGCAGAAAGGGACGGCAGGUUCGCGAUCAGACGCGACAUCAGGUUCCAUUCCGGCGGCGAGGACAGCGAUUUCGCCGACACGUCCGCGAUGGACAGGUCGAUGAUGGAGAGCGGUUCCUCGACGUCCGCGUCGAGCUGCACGAACUCGCCUAAGAGGAUGUGGCCGCCAGCCUCGCGGUGCCAAAGUCACAUGAAAUGGACGAAAACCUUGCCCACCAUUAAUCAGGCCAUACUACCGUCUAAGCAUCUCUACGCAGUUUCAGGAAAAGUAGGUAACAAGAACGCGAACGCGUCGACGAGAAGCGGUCUGGGAAGCGCGAAUAGCGGAAAUCAGUCGCGGCACGCAUCGACGAAGAAUCAUUCUUCUCAUAUGACCAGAAGCAGCAGCGUCGGCGUUUUAAAUCAGAGCGAUUCCGAGUCGGACGUGGGAGCGGGGAACGGAAGGGGUUGGAACAACCAGACCGGAAGCAACAGGAUCAGUGGACUGAUGAGACCGACGAUCAGCUCGCAGAAUAAGAUCAAUCAUCAGAUUAAAACGAACUCCUCCUCGAACAGCAAUUUGCCUUCGUUUCUGAGAAGGAGAGGCAUGCAGGGAGCGUACUCGAGUGUGAAUCUAAGUCAAGUGGGCAACCAAGAAGAUUCGAGUUCGGAGGACACGUCCUCGAACGGAAACAGUGGAAAGCCAGCGCUUCCGCCCAGGCCUCGAAGCAUCAGUAUCGACCAUUCUGCCGCAAACUUGAGCCUGCCCGGUACAACGGUGAGGAGGUCAUGUUCAACGACAAUAAUCGCGAACGGUCGUAGCGGAAGCGGCGCGAUCGGGCAAACCACAAACAGCAGGAUAUCUGCAUCUAAUCGGAAUCAAUUGGAUCCCAGCCCUCAAGAGCUACCAGUCAAAGAUACUGAUCGUGCCAUCGAUGUAGCUAGUGCCGAGUUGUCGACCCAGCUGUGCAACACAAUUGCGGACGACUUGACGCGAACAGCGGACAACGUGGUGCAGCUGUACAAGCGUUUGACGAUAGACAAGGAGGACGAGGGGGCGAGCAUCGACAGGGACACGAUGCUACGGGGCCUUCAGUCGUCCGUGAACGAGACGAUGCGCACUUUACGGUUGGUGGUGGCCAGUGGUCAAAGCCAGAACGACGGGUCGGCGGCGUCUAGCGAGACCGUAGUGGUGAACGAGGCGACCGCCACGUUCCAAGAGCUGCUCGCCGGCCAGGAUCAGGGUAAGGUGGUCAACAUGAUGCAACAGUAUUCCGAGCUGUUGUUGACCAUGAUGCAACAGAGGAUGGGGGGUACACAGUCUAGCCACACGUAAAAUCCGUCCAUCCACGAGGUUUCCGUCGGAGAAGGCAAAAACGAUCAGGACGUCCAGCCGCCAACCAUAAACUACACGCCUUUCCCGGUCUGCGUGUAUCAACCUCGUUCCACGGAGACUCUGUAUUCUCCGUUAUUAUAUCGUGUCUCGAGAUUUCGCGUUGUUUCCGGAACACGCAGAACCGGGAAAGGGUAAAGUGUGAAUUUUAGCUGGGAAAAUGUUAGAGAAAGUCAUCAACAAUUCGAAGAAAAGAUAUCGGUAUCGAGACUUUGAAAUUUCAAACGAACCAAACGUUUAACAAAUCAUUCAGGGUUCGAUCGGGACUUUACGAUUGGAUAGAUUUUGAGGAACAUUAGGAAAUCGAAUGUCCGAUGUUUACGUGUACUGGGACGAUGUCUUUAGCCAAAGUUAGUGAAUAUUUAUCAGCAAUUUCGUGCAAUGGUCCACGAGGUACACACGGGAAUUAAAACGGGCCAAAUUGAGAACUGAUUCAAAAUCUCUGCCUCUGGAAAGAUAAAAGAAAAAAAGAAAAAAAAAAAUAAGAUGAAAAAUCGACUGCAUGAAACACUCGUAUCUUGAGGCCAUACGCCGUGAAAUGCCAAUUAACUAAAGACUCUUAGAUUAGUUUUCGGGACGAGUAUGUAGUGUGUCUGUGUGUGCGUGUAUGUAUAUAUACAUAUGUAUCCUGUGCGUGCAUACCUAUAUAUACAUAUACAGUAUUUAUCGACUAUCGCGCGAUAUUAUAUCAUAAUAUUAGUCUUCUUAUAGUGUAACCAAAGGUUGUCUGUACCUACGGUCUAAAAGAAGCCAGCCUCCCUUCCUUCCUCGACGUUUAAACAAGCUUCGACGAGACUAAUAAUAACAAGUAUGCAGUUAAGCGAUGUAAACUUGCCAGUACGAACGAGAUAUAACAUACGACUAAUUAAUUGACGCGUUUAGGUAAAAUUAAAAAAAGGAGGAAAAUAUGGGGCUUGGUAGAUACACAACCUGUGCGUCGGGGUUAGGGAUCGAAUGUGAUUUUAUAUUUCGAAAAUCAACGUGUAACGAAACUGUAUUGUCUCCUACUAAUUUUACUUGGCAGAAACACGCGAUAGAAUAUAGAAUUCCUGGUCGUUGAACUGAAAAAACUGUAUCGAUGAAGAAACAGGUGCGAGGAAUUGAUUUUUUGUCAAACGUAUUGAUUUGAAACCGAAGCGAACAGAAGAAAAGCCGUGCUGCAUAGCAACUGCAUAUUUUGUCAUAGGAAUUACAAAUAUUUUUACACCGUAAAUUAGACACACAAGUUCCCAAAGCGUCCGUAAAACUUUUCGUUGUGUCGUCGCGCGAGAUGGGUUCGAAAAGCCGAACGCUUCGAGUUUUUUCAAGUGUUCUCGAAGGAAGGAACCGGGUAGAGGAAUCAAAGUAUUACGAACACGUAUUAUUAUUAACGAAUUUUUUUUUUUUAACGUUCUCUUUGUUUAAAUAUUCGUAGUUACUUUCUAUUCGUCCGCUCUUGUAAAGUUAUUUCCGAUUGUAUGUAAUGUAUAAAACGUGCCAUUUAGGUUUAUAACGAUCGAUCGUCGUUCAAGUGUACUCUCUACGCGAGACAUCUUCAUUGCGUCUUUAUCAUUGAUCUUUGUCGAUAAACUUGGAGCGUAUCUUUAGUCUCUUAUUCGCGCGAAUUUCGAUAUCGUGGUUGUGUUUCGCGUCGAUCAUGCAAUUUUUAGAAUUGUAUUGGGGUGGAGCAGCUCGACUCGAUAGUGCUUCCCCCUAUUUUUUCUUUACGUUUUCGUUUCACUUCCCUCAUCGUGUAAAUCUCUAUCGCGACAAAUUUGUUCACGGAGGUGACUAAAUUCUUGAAUGAUACGGAUCAAUACCUUCGCCGCUCACCUCUUUCUCCUUUUCUCUCAACAGCGAUUAAAAGCAUCUGUUAUUGUAUGUAGCAUUACAAUACUCGGUUACUAUAUUUCUGAAAACCGUGUUUCACAAAAUCGAGGCCGAACCUUGACUUCGACGGUAAAGGUGUUGAUCGCGUUUAAUAUAUCAUCCCAUACUUAAAUGACUGGAGUACAAAUUGUAUUCCACGUCGGCAUUUUUCGCAAUAUUUCGUCAACGUUAGCAUGUAAAAUCGCGUAAGCGACGACGGAUGUAAAAGGAGAGAAAAAACAAAUAUCGAAUCUCGUCUCAUACAUCUCCUUGUAUUCACCUAAGCUUCGCGUGGUAAUGUACCAUUCCAAAAUUUCACUCUUCUCUUUCUCCUCUCAGUGUAAUAAUCAUCAAAGACAUUAUCAAGAUACUUUUAACCGGGUCGCGAAGAUUAUUAGUGGCUUUGUAUAUUGUUGUACUUGUUAUACCAAGACAUAUUGUUAUGUAAUGUGUUAAUCGUUUACUUAAUCGUUGUAUAUAUUAAUUCUGAAUUUCGCAGGAAGCAAAAAACAGUUUUGGUAAUCGUGAACGCCAAAAUGUAAUAAUUUCGCCCGUAAGAGAAUUGUAACUUUUUAGCACUUUGUUUUUGUAUAUUAUGUUAACGAUUAAUAAUAUAAUAAUUCUUACAAACUGGAAGGACACCGAUGGGGAUUAUUUAUGCGUUGGAAACUCGAUCGAUAAAUAACCAAUUCCGUAUACAUACGUACAAACAGUUUUAUAUUCAGAAAAAAAACAA